AAUUUCAGACCCACAAGCUUCGGUGUUGCUGAAAGUUGGAAGAAUGUGUUGCUGCUGGAGGAUUGGUUCCUCCUCCACCUCCUCCUCUUCUUCUUCGUCACUUUCUUCCUAUUCCUCUUUUCUUUUUUAUAUUUUUUAUGUUUAUUUCCGCUGUCAAGUGUAACAUGAGAAUUGUUGAUGGGAGGUUGUAGACUUCAGGAUUAGUACGGGAGAGAGAGGGAGAGCGAGGAAGAGACAGAGAGAGAGAGAGAGAGAGCGAGGAAGAGACAGAGAGAGAGAGAGAGAGAGAGAGAGGGAAUUGAUUGAAAAUGGUGAAUAGAGGAGGUGCCAAUUUGGUGAAGAGGGCGCCUGCGUUCUCGAGGGAUGGCAAGAGGUUGCUUGUGUGCACGGCGUGCACUGUGACUGUGUACAGCGUGCAGACAGGCGAGGUUUUGACCGUGUUGAAGGGGCACACAGGGGUUGUAACCAGUGUGGUGGUAGUGCCGGUAGCAUCGAUAUGCCAUUGCUGGACUGCGGGGAUGGAUGGAACCGCCCGGUUUUGGGACUUUGCUGCUGGGGCUUUGAUCAGGACUGUAGAGGUCGGGCAUCCGAUUGUGUCUAUGGUUAUACCCGCGCUGUGUACUCCGUGGGGGGUGGAGGAAAAACCACAGGACAAGAAGAGGCCUUCAAUUGCGUUCAUGUCUGUCGGCUGGAAGAAGGAGGGAAAGGAGGAGGAUGGGAUGCUAGGUCGGGUGAUUAGCUAUGACCUUGCAACUGGACAACAAAUAAAAGCACACUUGGGGAAGACAGAAGUACCUCGACCUCUAUUCGUGAGUCCUGGAGGUGGCUUGAUUGGCAUGACAGAUGUUAAUAGAGUGUGGAUAUGGAUGGUGCCACAGAAUGGUUUUAAGGAUGGAAGAACAGUUCCCAACCUAAGAUUGCACCACACAAAACUUAUGACUAUUCUUGCGUUUGAUUCCUCGGAAACUAGGGUAGCUGCAGGAGACGUAACUGGUCGUAUUCUGAUUUGGGAGAAUGUCGGUGAUAGGGCAUUCGCAUCCAUUGCUGAUGGAGUUGAGAGGACAGAGAAAAAAUCAUCGCUGAAGGCCAUUGGGGGAGGAGAUAAGAGGCAGGCCUCGGGAGGUGUUCGAAAAAGAGAUGACGCAGCAGCUUUGACAACGUAUCAUUGGCAUGCAAGCGAAGUGAAGUCUCUUGUGUUUACCGUCGAUGGGGUGUAUCUCAUGUCCGGUGGAAUGGAAGGAGUGCUGGUAAUGUGGCAGCUGGAAACAGGGAAGCGCAAUUAUCUACCACGGCUAGGGGGACCUUUGGCCGCUAUCUCACCUUCCAUACAUCCAUCUCUGUAUGCCCUCGCGUGUGAGGAUAACUCAGUUAAGCUGUUGAACAUUGGUACCAUGGAAGUUGAAAGACACAUACAAGGAAUUUUUCCAUCUUUCCCAACCCCGAAGUCGUUGAAGCUGCCUCCCUUAAUGGUCUCUAUUGACCCGGCAGAAGGAAAUAUUGUGAUAGCUACUCACAAUCUGUCGCUGCAGUUUUAUGAUAUUGCUAGUGACAAGCAUAUUGCUGAAGUGCAGGUCACUCCACGUAAUUACGUAAUUGGUAGUCGUGAUGAGAUGGGAGAUGAUGGGCCUUCCACUUGUGUUACUCACGUAGCCUUCUCAGCGGAUGGGUCGUGUUUGGCAACCGUUGACUUACGUAUUGCACAGCAAGGCAUAGGUGGUGGCGCUUGCCUAAAAUUUUGGGAGCGACAACCUGGAAAGAUCAGAUUUACUGUGAAUACGCUGAUUGAUGAGCCCCAUGAUAUAUCCGCUCUCUCAUUUCACCCAUCUGAGCUAAUGGCUGUGACCUGCUCUGACACGAAUUUUAAAGUGUGGGUGCCACAAGCCCGAAGAUCUUCCAAAUCUAGUUGGAGGUGUCGUUCAGUGGGAACUUACAGGGGACGACGCAUGCUAGCAGCAUCAUUUUCGCCGGAUGGAAGCCUUCUAGCAGUUGCAGCUUCGGAGUUGGUAACACUAUGGAAUCCAGCCACGAAUAGUUUGGUUAGAGUGCUGUCUAAUACGUUCACUUCCUCCACGCAUCCACUAUCCCCUAUCCAUCACUUGGCAUUUGUGAAACAAUCAAAUUGCUUGGUCACAGGCUCUUCACAUUUCAGAUCCCUGCUGACUGUAUGGGAUCUGUCGACUCUCUCAGUGCGCUGGUCUCUGUCAACCAGCGUGGAGUCCCUGACUGUAGACCCUGUUCAAGCGAAUUUUGCUGUGUUGAUUGGUCCCUCGCGUGCUGAUCCUGGGGAUCGAGAAUGGACUCCAUGGAACAAGGAUGGCGUCAUAGCCUUGUUUGAUGUUCAAACGCCAACGCCACUGCAAUUCUGGACAGUGCGUGAUGCGUUCAAUGGUGUCCUCAUGUUCAACCCCGUCCCACAAUCGUUGGCUGAAACCGCUACUUCUGGUAAUGAGGAAAGAAAUAACAGCAUGAUGGUUGACUCAAUGGUACCCUCUAAAAGGAAACUUACUUAUAUCACCGGGAGUCGGGAGUUCGUUGUCUUCAAUCCAUAUCAAACAGAUGAGGAACAACCUGAACAAGAACAUUCAGUAGUUAGGAAUGUAGCGGAGCCUGUGGAUGUCUCUUCAGGUUUCACUGCUCUUUAUGGCAAGGCAGUGCAACCAAAGAAGAACCUAGAUGCUCCUGUAGAGGUCCUUAGCGCUCUAAGUAGAGCUCCAUGGGGAACCUUGCUAGAUGGGCCCUCUCAUGUGCUUCCGUCCUUAAGUGUAGUAGGUAUUCCUUUCAUGGACUCGCUCAUGAAAAAGCGUACAGAACAGACAUAGACUUAUGUAGUGCAGGAUCUCGUCUUCUAGGAUUUAUAUUUUCUUAAGGAAGUUAAAAUUAGCACAACAUUGGGAACGGAUUUCAUUCAAAGGACUCGUAGUAUUUCUGUCAUUCUACUUUGUUCUGGUCAUGUUCUGGAACUUGAAACAGGCCCGUCAAAGCCAGUGAUCAAAAUCUAGUUGGCUGUGCCCGUACUGGCUUCUGGAUGCGUCUGUCCUCUAAACAAAGAAUUCCACUCAAUUAUGGUUCA